CAGCCAGGUGGACUGGCAGGCUCUAGGGCUUCCGGGUCCCAGGCGCGGCCUUCUCUGCCGAAAGGUUUUGGAAAUCCCUUUCUCCAUGUUGCUGGAACUGACUUCUUGGCUCGGUUGAACCAUGCACUCAGUGGGGACAGAGAGAACUAAGGCUCGGUGCUGAUUCAUAUUUGGGUCGCAGCGUCAGGCAGCCUGUACGCCUGUCUGUGGAAGGAACCAGCAGCAGUCUCCCAAUCCUGAGCUUCCUAAAAACUUGGGUUGAUAAGCAGCUGGAGGAAUGCACACGUCCUUUUGAACUUCGUAGUGGUACUUGCUCUGGUUUCAAAGCCCAGGGUGGCUGGCGGUGUGAGUGGUGGCUGUACGGCGGCCAUAUUCCAGCUGCGUCACUCCCGUGUGCGGCCCCGCGGCGGCAGGCACCAUGCCCACGCAGUCCCUCCUCGUUUACAUGGACGGGCAGGACAUGGUCGGCAGCUCUCUGGGCACCCAGGUGGAAGUGGAUGCCGCCUUGUCCAUCAGAGGGGCUGCUGCUGCGGUUCCUUUCAGAGCUUCGCAGGAGAAAACCGUAAUCCAGCUUGAAGGGUACAUGCCCAUGGAUUGCAUGUUCUGCAGCCAGACCUUCACUCUGGCGGAAGACCUUAACAAGCACGUCCUCAUGCAGCACCGGCCCACCCUCUGUGAGCCCACAGUUCUGCGGGUCGAAGCAGAAUACCUCAGUCCCCUUGAUAAAAGUCAAGUGCAGACGGAACCGCCCAAGGACAAGAACUGCAAAGACAACGAUGAGUUCAGCUGUGAGGUCUGCGGGGAGACAUUUGGAGUCGCUUUUGAUGUCGAGAUUCACAUGAAGAAACACAAAGACUCUUUCACUUACGGGUGCACCAUGUGCGGGAGGAGAUUCAAAGAGCCCUGGUUCCUUAAGAACCACAUGCGGACCCACAAUGGCAAGUCGGGCACCAAGAACAGCAAAGUGCAGCAAGGCCUCGAGGGACCCGCCACAAUCAACGAGGUUGUCCAGGUGCACGCGGCGGGCAGCAUCUCUUCUCCUUACAAGAUCUGCAUGGUUUGUGGCUUCCUGUUCCAAAAUAAAGAGAGUCUGCUGGAGCACAGCAAGGCGCACACCAAGGAAACAGCUCCCAGCGGUCGCGGUCCGCAGAGUGACGCCAGGCCUGAGGGGACCCCUGCUCCCCGGGAAGAGCUGCUGCGCUUCUUAAACUUAAGGCCCAGAUCUCACGCUGAGCCCAGGAGGAAGCUGGUCAAGUGCAUACCCCAGCUCGACCCGUUUACCACCUACCAGGCGUGGCAGCUGGCCACCAAGGGCAAAGUGGCCAUGGCCCGGGAGGAAACGAUCAAGGAGUCGGGGCAGGAGGGAAGCACCGACAACGACGACUCGUGCUCAGAGAAGGAAGAACUUGGAGAAAUUUGGAAUGGGAGCAAAUCAGAAGGUUCUGGGAAGUCCAAAACAAAUAAAAGCAGCUACACAGGCCUCUCCCAAGACAAGGAGAAGCCUAGACAUGCCAGCGGUGAAGUGCCUUCCGGGGACGUGGACCCCAAAGUGCCUGGCAGCAAGGAGAAGCCCACACACUGUGCGGAGUGUGGCAAGGCCUUCCGGACCUACCACCAGCUCGUCCUGCACUCGCGUGUGCACAAGAAGGACCGGCGUGCCGGCGCCGAGUCUCCCCCCGUGGCCGCUGACAGCAGGCAGCCGGGUACAUGCUCCCCAGACCUGGCCACGCUGGAUGACGGUGUGGCUGGGGACCGAGAAGCUGGCUCUGAGGACGGCUCCGAGGACGGGCUCCCUGAGGGGCUCCACGUGGAUAAAAGUGAUGAUGGAGGAAAAAUAAAGCAUCUUGCAUCCUCAAGAGAGUGUAGUUAUUGUGGGAAGUUUUUCCGUUCAAAUUAUUACCUCAAUAUUCAUCUCAGAACGCAUACAGGUGAAAAGCCUUACAAAUGUGAAUUCUGUGACUAUGCCGCGGCCCAAAAGACGUCUCUGAGGUAUCACUUGGAGAGACAUCACAAGGACAAGCAGGUGGACGUUGCUGCGGACGUCAAGGGCGACAGCAAAAGCCAGGAGAGCGAAGAUGUGCUCUUCACUGUUGAUAGCACGCAGACCAAAAAUUUGAAGCGAAAUUUCGAUGGUGCCAAAGAUGUUAAAGGCAGUCCACCCGCCAAGAUGCCGAAGGAGGUGCCGUGUGUCUUCCAGAGCGCCCUGGGCGGUGCUGUACCCGCAGACACUCGGGACUGCCCGAGGAGUGCAGCGGCCGCCCCAGAGCGGGGCAGCAGGAACCCUGGGCCCGCGGCUGCAGAGCUGGCCCGGAGGAAGAUGUUGCCUGAGCCGCAGGCCCCGCCGCUCGCCUGCAAGCCAGGGGCAGACACUGCUCUGCCCGCCGAUGGCAGUGCUGCUCGCCAGGGUGACUCGGGCCCCAGAGAGAAGCGAGCCGAGCCCGCAGCUGACUCCAGGUGCCGGCCCGGUGCAGACUGCCAGGAGAAACCGCUCAACCUGUCCGUCGGGGCCCUCCAGGGCUACACGGCCCUCGCGCUGGGCAAAGCCCUCAUCCCCAGCACCGCCUGCCCGUUCUGUACCUUCAGGACCUUCUACCCCGAAGUCCUGAUGAUGCACCAGCGGCUGGAGCAUAAGUACAACCCUGACGUGCACAGGCACUGCCGCAGCGGCAAGUCGCUGCUGAGGAUGCGGCGCACCGGCUGCCCACCCGCGCUGGAGGGCCGCGAUGUGGCCCCGCUGCCCGGGCCGCACAAGCCCCGGGCUAGGCCCGCGCCCUCAGUCCAGCCCAAGGCUUUGCCCCCUGAGAAGGGGCGCCCAGCACCCUCGGCUCCGGGCAGGGCACCCCUGGCUCAAGGGACAGACACCAGCACUUUAGCCCCAAGCAAUCUGAAGUCACACAGGUCCCAUCAGAGCCUUGGGGCCCCGAGACCGCAGCAGUCAGAGAUGUUUUUGAAAAGCAGCAUUUCUCCCGCCCCAGACAAGACGAAGAGAGCUGAGACGAAGCUGAAGCCCCUCGCUGCGGCCCCCUCCCAGCCCCCUGCCAGCGGCAGCACCAGCAGUGCCUCUGGGGACUGUGCCCCAAAGAGCAGUGGCCCCUGGGCUGCCCCCGGAAGAGACUAUUUCUGCCAUCGGCACACCAGCAGCGCUGCACCUGAGUUUGGGGAACCCCUCCCUAAAAGACUCAAGUCCAGUGUGCUCACCCUUGAUGUGGAGCAGCCGGCGCCCAACUGCAGAAGGGGCUAUGAUCUGCCCAAGUACCACUCCGUCAGGGGCAUCACCACGCUGCUGCCGCAGGAUUGCCCGUGCCCGACGGCAAGCUUGACCCCCAAGCCCCGCUUCCUGGGCUCCGGGGAGGCCGACAUGCCCAACCUGCUGGCUGUGCCAAGGCCCUACAGUUCAGGGGCGCUGUACACCUGCGUGCCUGCUGCACACCCUGCCACUGCUGGCCCAGCGCUGGAAGGAAAGAGGCCUGUGUCCUACCCACACUUGUCUAAUAACAUGCGACAAAAAAGAAGCUAUGAGAAUUUAGUUGGGACUGCACAUUAUCGAUCAAAUGACAAAAAGACUUGAUUUCCUGUUGGAAGGAAGGUUCUGCCGGACAGAAGUGCACACACUCCAUGAAAUUAAAUGUUAGUGCAUCCUUUGAGAAAGUAAUGGUGAAAGCUACUGAAAAAAGCUGUGAUUUACUGUAUGUAGAACAUGUGAGGAACAUGCGAGGAACUUGUGAGGAACAUGCGAGGAACACUACAGUUUGUAAAGUUGUUCUGUUCACUUUUGUACCAAAUAGCAAUAAAAACUAGUUGUACCAGUUGGGCUGUAUGUGAACGGGGACUGGAAAGUUCGCUUUUGUCCCCGAAUGAUAUUUUUUUUUAGAAUUGACCAAAUAAGGUGGAGUUUUGCCUACUUGAGCGCUGCUGAAGAGAAGUCA